AUGCGGAGUAAUUUUUCUAUGGCCGUAAGAAAAAAAAAGAAAAACAUUUCCGGGAAACAUCUGAGAAGAAAUUUUUUUGCAAUUUUUAAAGUUGAAAUUCCCGGAGGAAUCAAAGCACAGUAUUUUGGAGAAGUCGAUGGAAGAGACACCAAUCAGAAACAUUUGGCCUUUCGAGUCGUUCGAUAUGCAACUAUCACUUCGAAUUUUUGGAAAUUGAAGAUUCUGAAACGAUUGACCACUUCACACAAGCAACUUGUCUAUUGCAAGAUUGUUCCGCUAAAAAAUACCAACCUAAGAUUUAUUUUUCUAUUUUCGUAUUAUUUUCAUCUUCUUGUACUUAUAGAAUUGGAAAUUGUCAUCCGCGAGACAUUCAAUCAAGAGCCUGCUUCAACGGAGGACGUGACAUAA